GUUACGACAAACAAUUAUCACUUUACGGUAAAUUGAAUGACAAUUUCCAAAAUAAAUCGCAAAUUUUACAAUAUUUCGAAAUGCUGCCAAUUACACUCGAUUAAGAGGCAGAGCUGAUCUAGUGAUCAAGUUAUUAUGGCUUCCUCUGAAGGAUCAGACAGUCGCACAAACAGUCUCACUAACCGAUCUUCAUCUAGUGCUCCUACAGAUGAUGAUAUCAGGCCGCAAGAGCUCAAGGGAUGGCUGAUGAAGAGGACCAAGAUUUCAAGAAAGUGGAAGAAACAAUGGUUCUUAUUGAAAAGCACAAUUCUUCUGUAUGGAAAUUCUCCUGAGGAUGCUUGCAAGCAGAUUCCCCUUACAAACUCUGAAAUUUCUGAGAGCAUGGUGGAUAAAAAGCUGCACGCGUUCUCAAUCAAGUCGAAGGAAAAUGGGCGCACAUUUUACAUCCAGGCAGACUCAGACACUUCUCAAAACGAGUGGAUGCAAGCUAUUUGCUUUGCUAAGGCAGCUGGGCAGACGGGUGAAAAUUCUGCGGCAUGUGUGGUACAGUGACAAGAUAUGGAGCUUUAAGACCACAUGUGUGGGUCUCAUACAUUUGGUGUCUUUAUACGUGUGGCUGAAAAUGAAAUAUUGUUUGUCUCACAUUGUGCAACCAAAGCGGAGAAAUAACCCCAAUCGAAAACAAUGUAUGCGCCAUGAUGAAAAUAUUUUAUUUUACACUUGGGUUUGGAAAACUCAAAAAUUAUGUCUAAUACAGUAUAAUUUGCCAUGUUUGAAUAUAUAAUUUUAGGGAAAGGACCAAAUAAAUUUUAGCUACAACAUAAGUUAACAAAGUGUGUGAACACAACAGCCUUGUUCAAAAAGAAGUUAAACAGCAAAAUUACAAUUGUGUGAGGUACAUUUACUGUCCCACCCUUGAUAAUAAGCAUGGGGUAUAGUGCAGGAAACAAACAAUAUUUAGUGUGUGACUAUUUAUAUAGGUUAUAGUCUAAAAUGAAUGUAGUUGUAAAGUAAUUGUUUUACAACAUUUACAUAUCCUUACUUAGAGCUUUAAUCUGAAUAUUAUGUUUUUAUUGUCACUAUCUAUACAAGCUGUGAUAAAUAUUUUUGGGAACAGAAUAUGUAUGGAUGAUUUCAAAAUGUUCAUUUGAAACCUUACACUCUGUCCGAUGUUUUAUACAUAAUGCCUCAUUGUUCUUACCAGAACUAGUUGAUGUUUUGAAAAUAGAUGUAUUCUAGAGUCUGAUACAAACUUCUAAGAAAUUGUUUUUUAUCCAUAUAUUCUGAAUCAUUGUGCACCAUAAUUGCAUAUGGUUUAAGUUAAAUGUAUAGACUGAAAGACACAAAAGUUGUUUAUAAAUGUUUCAUUUAUGCUUUUUGUAACUGUUCUAGAUAAUAAUAUUAUUUGUGUUACAUAAUAAUAUUUGCACAUAAUUAUAUUUUUACAGUCAUUUUACCCUAUUUUUAUCAAAACGUUUUGCCUUACAACAACUAUUAGGGGCCUUUUAACAGAUUUUCACGUAUUGAAGUUUGUCAUUAAAUGCUUUUUAUUGAUAAAUGAAAACAUUUGAUCUAAAAAGCUCUAGUAAAAAACAAGAAUAAAAUUAAAGGAAGAAAAAAAAGUAACCCUCAACUGGGCUUGAACAACUGACCCCUGGAGUAAAAGUCUAUCACCAAGACCACUGGACCAUCCGUGCUCAUGUACUAUGACUGUUGUAUUUUAUACUUAAUAAAAGCAAUCCUCGUAGUGUCACAUAAUUUAACAAAAACAAAAUUCUCCAAAUUAUUCAAUCGUUUCGCGUUGCAACCCUUUUAUAAUUAUCAGGUUUUUAAAUCGUCAAAAGAUGCAUAUAACGGAUAUUUUAGAGCAUGGUAAAUGCUCAGUAAUACUGUUUCCUUAUAAAUAUAAUAACAACAACAAAAAUAUGGGAAUCUGAAACAUUUUUUUUCUUUGUUGAUUUACCAAAACGUGAAAAGUUUCAACUUAAAAUAGUAAAAUUUACAUAACGAGCAAUGUCUAUUGUUCAGGUAGUGGUUAGAUAGACAUGUUUAACUGAGGGUAUAAAAAUAAAAAAUAAAAAUUAGUACAUGCUUAAGAAUUGCCAUUGUGAGAAAUAUAUUUAUUAUUACAAAACACUUUUUUUUAGAUUUUAUUAUGUGUAUGCCUAGUCAAGAUUGUUAUUAGAGUGUUGUCUGUUUUGUGUUUUAAUGUUUUUUAAUUAACCAUGUGACGUAUCACAUUCCUUUUUUAUAAUUUAACAUUUGCCUAAAAAUAACUUUGUUUUCAAUCUUAUCAUUUAACGAUACAAUAUCCUUUUUUUAUAGGAAAUGAUUUUAUCUCCGUCUCCAACAAAUAAAUAUUUAUUGUCCCCUAUCGGUUUCAAUGGAGGGGACUUAGGGUUUGCGCUCUGUGCGUCUGUCUGUCUGUCUGUCUGUCACACUUUUCUGGAUCCUGCGAUAACUUUAAAAGUUCUUCAAAUUUUUUCAUAAAACUUCAAACAUGGAUAGAUGGCAAUAUGGACAUUAUGCACGUCAUUUCAUUUUGUUCCUACAUCAAAAAUUCUGGUUGCUAUGGCAACCCCCCCAAAAAAAGUUCUGACAAUGGUGGAGCUGGUAGGGGACAUAUAUUGCUUGGCAAUAGUCUUGAUUAUGACGUUAUGUGUUUAAUAAUAUGUAGGUAAAAAAAUGUAUCACCGUGGUUUUGCACGUAUUGAAGCGGUUCUAUAUUUACAUCAUCAGAGACUCCGGUUGGCCUUAUGUGCAUUUACUUACAAAACAUUUCUUUUUUUAUUUAAAUGUAUUCUUUGUUAAGAAUUUAGGUUAAAAAAGGUGUGGUUUAAGUUUCAUGGUAUUGUGUUUAUUUUAAUAAUGAAUGAUUAUAUAGCAAUUGUUGACGUUUCCCAAUUUCCACAUAAGUACCCUUGCAAAAAUGGCUCAUUAGUUCUUAAGCUGUUCAUAAACUAGUUUUUGAGUUAUGAACUGCAACAAUGGUUAAUGAACUUCUUGUUGCAAAUAAUGAAUUCAUUAUGAGGGUAUAGUUAAUAAACUAAAAAAGAUCAUGAACUGUGUUGUUCAUGAACUUUACCAUAAUCAUCAUCAUUAAUGUCGUCGUCAUCAUUAUCAUCAUCAUCGUCGUCGUCAUCAUCAUCAUGAUCAUCAUUAUCAGCAGCAGCAGCAUCAGCAUCAUCACAAUUAUCAUCAUCACCACCACCAUCAUCAUCAUUAUCAUUACCACUUUUGUUAUAAUUAAUAUUCAUUCCCUGUGCCCCAGUGUCUUAUCUCCUUUACCAUGCUCAUGAUCAUUAUCAUGAUCAUCGAAGCUAUUAUCAUGAUCUGAGCCUUAUCGUCUUCCUCAUCUUUUUCAUCAUCACAAUCAUCAUUAUCAUCAUAAUCACCAUCAACAACAGCUUAAGCAGGAGCAUGAUCAUAGUCAACUUUUCAUUAGGUUGAGGUGGUUGGGGGAAGAUCUUGCGCAAACACACCCAUUCUUGUGGAGAAAGUAGUGAUUAUACAUUGUAUAAUUCACAGGAUGAUGCAUAUUUGAAAUGUUGGAUGUUGUAAAAUGUUUUACAUUCUUUUACAUUCCAAUUUUUGUUUACUAAUAUGCUUUUACUUACUUUCAUGCAUUUGUUGUUGUUGUUGUUUCCUCUUUUGCUGUCAAAAUCACUUUGAAUCAUGAUUUUGAUGUCGUCUGGUUUUAAAAUUGUUGAAUGCCUGUUCUUAUAUUAUUCAGAGAUGUAUAUGAUGGUAUAUGUGACAAAAGAGUGUUUAUGCCUAAACCUUUAUUGUGUUAAGUAUUACUUUGACUUUGUUUUCAAGGGUUAGGAUGAACAUACCAUAAUCCUUUGAAAAAAAGUUUUGGGUAAUUAAACAUUACUUACUGCCUAAUUAAUAACUAUUUUUGAGGCAAACGUACUGUGAAGAUCUAAACCAUAGUCCAGGACUUUGUUACAACAACAAGCUGUUUGCUUACAGAUUUUAGCAGCAAUUUUACAAAAAAGUUUUUAUAUCAUCGAAAAUAACAUUCCUGUGUAAAAAAUGCAGACCAAUCCUUGUUGUUUCUGGCCAAUUUUGUUCAUCAGCGUUAAAGAUUUUACAACUGGACCCAGUUGUUCGAAACCGGGGUAAAUUUUAACCCUGGAAUAAAUGUUGAAUAAAUUUACCCAAAAUGGAUAGUUAUCCAUCCUGGGUUAAUAUUUCCAGCAACGCAUUUAUCCAGCCUGGUUAGUUACCCAGCUUGGAUAACUUUAACCGGCGGUUAGCGCUAACCUAGGGGAUAAAAUAACCUAGUGUGCGAACAACUGGGUCCUGGUAGUUUUGUUUCUUGCCUGUUGAUAACCUGCAAUAUGAAAUGUAAGAUCCUUAUUUAAGCAUAAGAAUUAUUAAAACAUUUACACAGGAAUGCAGAACCUCACUAAUAUUCAUUAAAUUGUUCAUUUGAGGCUGUCAUGACAUAUGUACAUAGCAUAACAUGGCCUGGGACUUAUGUUAUAUGACACGGCCUUUUACGUUUAAUAUUUUGACUAUUGUUCCACAGUUUGCAGUUUUCCCAUUCAGUGGAUGUUGUUUAUUUGAAGUCAUAAUAUAGACUUAAAGGAAUCACUAGUUUAAACAUUCCAGUGUUGUAUAUAAUAGUUUUGUAUUUUACGUACAUACAUUGUUGUUAAUGUCACGUUAGAUGAUAUAAAGAGGAUAUAACAUCA